UCGGAGUACGCUUUCCGCAGAAACUUGCCGUGAUUGCGUGAUUUUUAUCUACUGCCGACGACAAUCCUAAUUCAUGAUUGGCAAAUAAUUUUCUUUCUACCUAGGCUGUACUGAAUAUAGAUGAAAACUUCGGGUCAGCCUAAACCGCAAAGUGCAGGUUACUUACUAAUAUUUUAAGAUAUGCGUCCAUCGGAUUCGCUCUCAUGACUUUUUAAUAAGAGCAAAGGUGAUACUAGUAUGAUUUACGUAAUAGCUAACUAACAAAAGAUGUCAUCCAUGAUUCAUUGUUAAAAAAUUUAUUCCCUGUUGAGCGAAGAAGUUUUAGUUGAGAUCACUGCUGAAAAUUAUACCGCGUAUUUAUCAAACUGAAAUCAUCCUGACAAGUUAUUAACUCAAAGGAUUCGCCAGACAUCGCGCUUCGUCACCAAUUGUCUCAACAUGUCAAGAGCAAAUAUAUUCUUCGCUAUCAUGGCCGUCAUUUGCUUUUUAUUAAAAAGUGGGAUUGGCUUCCUUGUUACGGUUCACACCCAAACCGGAUGUAACGCAACUCUAAUCUGCAAUCAGUCUGGGGACGUUAGGUGGAUAAAAACAGAAAAUUCACAGGAAAUUAAAGACCCAAGAUUCGUCGCUAGAAAGUAUUCAUUUUUUUCAACUUUAUCGAUCGUCGACGUCACCAAAAACGAUGGUGGGAAAAUAACUUGCGUUGCAGAGGGAACUAACAUCACUAUAAGCUUGGAAGUUUGCUACGAUAACAAUCCAACAAGACAAUGUGAGGCCGCCAUUACGAGCAGUGCAAGUUGUUCAGAACCCUAUUUACAAAACGAAUGUAAGAAAUCCUGUAAACUUUGUCCAGAGCCAGAUUGCACAGAGACAAUCCUGCCUACAACAGCGCCACCUACAACUACAGCGCCACCUACAACUACAGCGCCACCUACAACUACAGCGCCACCUACAACUACAGCGCCACCUACAACUACAGCGCCACCUACAACUACAGCACUACCAACAAUGACCAACGGUGGAGUUAAUUUAAGCUCUGGUUUCCAUGAUCUUUUACUCCUCGCAUCCAUUCUCUUUGUUAUGAUGUCAUUACUGUUCUCAAGUCUGUGAAUUCACUGAAAAAGUAGCGUACAGCGCUCAGUUUUCUGAAUUUUUGCAUGUGAUUCCCAGAUGAGUACUUUACCCGGCUACAAGUACUUCAUCUCACAAGCUUCUCUUAUUUUGCGUUAUUCCUUCCUUUCUCUUUUUUUAUUUUAGAAAAUUUACAACAUUACGAUAGCAAUUCAACUUUUUUGUAAUUUUACAAGGUUUAGGUAUAGUUGCAAGGUCUUAACUGUUUUUAGGAAAUUAUAAGUAUAGGUGCAUCAAAGUGUUGCAAUCAAAGCUACAGCUAACUUACGACCUGUUUAGAAUAACUCGAAUGUAAUUAGGUACUGCAUUGUAAGUAGUUUUGGCGUUGUAUUGGAAUAAUUGAAAGAUCAAUACCAAAUGAAUAGAAGCGUUGUUUUUUAAAAGGAUAACGCUUUUAUCUCAUGUCAGUGUCGUUAACUCACAAAAUAUGUUUGAAAAUUGGACGCAUUCUAAAGCUCUUCCAUUUCUUAUUACUAGAUGCAUUUGCCCGUGUACUUGGGCGCUCGUUAUGGUAACAUGUAGGCAUGUACAGUCUUCAAACAGUUUUCACACUUAUGAAUUCAAAGCCCCUCUUAAAUGAUACACUUGUACAGUUGCUAAGGUAAGGGAACUCUGACUUGAAUUGACGAUUUCAUGAUGUCAAUUCCGUUUGUCUGCAAAAAUUUUUAAAGUAGUUUAAAAGGGGCAGGAUGUUGGAUAUUUGUACUGCUUUGAGAUGUAGCUGCAAUAAAUUGUGUUUUGUACAAA